AUGUACACAAAUGUAUCUCGUAGUGGUUCAUCUUCCACUGUUACACCUCAACAACCAAAAAUUUAUUUACAAAAUCAGUUAACUCUGUCAAAACCUAGCAGUGAAGAAAUGGAACGUCCGGGGACGAGGAGAGGAGGACGCCCUGGAAGUCAAUCAACAACAACAACAACUCCUGCUGAAGAGGAAAAUAACAAUACAAGACAAAGAUUUGUGCCGAAUACGAAUGGCAGACAACCACCUGUAGUGGAUGUUUGGACGCGUGAUCAGUCCAGUCGUAACAGCGAAUUUGUCAUUCCUACUUCGUCCUCUUCAAAUUCAUCCUACACUAAUCAGCGCCACAAAGCUUCGGGAACGCCUCCAGCUUCUUCAAUUAACCAUUCUGGAAAUAUCUCAGCCUCGUCUUCAACAAAAAGGCAAGGUGGAUAUCCAGAAUUAAGCGAUCCUGAGAGGUAUAGCUCUGAACAAUUUGAUGAGUCUGAUGAUGAGGAAGACAAAAAGGAAGAAAAGGAGGAAACGGAAGACGAAGAUAUAAAGGAGGAAAAGGAAGAAGAGGUCGACGACUUUACGAAGCGUUUAAGGGAUUUGGCUAUUUUACGUACCAGAAGUUUACACGAAUCCAUUCGCUCAAAUAUUAUUAAUACCCAAGUAACAACGAGUAAUAAAGCCCCACUCCCUCCAAUAAUCCCUACAGACAAUUUAAUAAGCCGUAGAUCAAGCGAAAACAGCAACGAAAAAAUUGUUAAAAAUAUUAGUGGAAGCAACAGAAAAGUUCCCUCAAAAGUUGGAAGUAAUUCAACUAAUAGUAGCCAAAAUUCCCAGCCUUCUAGUACAAGGAAAAAUUCAUCAGAGCAAAGCUUUGAGAAACAAUUGGAAUUAAUAAAAAAUAAAUUUGAGGAAAGCACAAAUAAAAAUAAACUAGUUUUGAAGUCUUCUGCCUCCUCUAGCUCUUCGAAUUUGUCCCUAUCUCAACCUCCACAAAAUUUAUCAACUUCAAAAUCAUCACAAGAGAUUGAAGCUGAGGCUCAACAACUUGAACAACAAUUAAAAUAUAAAGAGGAAGGGAAUAAAUCUUUCAAUAAAUCCAGAAAAAAUUCUGGAUCAUCUUCAAGUAAUUCAAACGAAAGAGACCAAUUAAAUGGAGAAAAUUCAAAAAUAACUUAUGAGUUUCAGCAACGACAACGUCGAGCUUCUCAACAAAGGCAACAACAAAAAUCAGAAGAAGGAUCAAGCAUUGUUCUUCAACAAAGAGUUCCUUUGGGGUUUGGAUCGAGUAUAUCAAAUAAAUUUAGAUUUUGCCUUCUAUCAGCUAGUGGAAGACAAAGGGCCAAUACACAAAAUUAUAGAAAACGAAGUUCAAGUCUUGUAGCACCUCGAAAGGAGGAAGAUUCUGGGACAUACCGAGCCUGGGUAAAACAAAAACAACACGAACAAAAAGCUAAAAGAGAACGUGAGGAAGCUGAAAAGACUGCUCUAGAACAACAACGUUCAGAAAAACGGGAACUUGCUGCAAAAAAUUUUAAUCGUUGGAAGUCAGAAUUAGAAAGACGUCUGGCUGAGAAAAAGGCAGCAGAACGAUUAAAAGCUCAGAAAAAGGCCGAACAAGAGAAACAAAAAAAGUUUUUAGAGUUUUUAAAUAAGAAAGAACACAAAUUUUUAAGAGAACAAAAACAACUAGAAGCACAACAAACAUUCCAAUCUUGGAAAAAACAGGACGAAAUAAGAAGAAAAAUACAAAAGGAACGGGCCAAAAGUGUUGAACAACGUAUUGCUAAACAGACUGAACAAAAUAAGGAGCAGAAACGAAGGGAGGCUGAAGCCGCUUUUCAUGCUUGGAUUCAAAUGGCUGAUGAACGUUUGAGAACUCAACAUGCCCUAAAACAAGAAGAGGAGGAGCGUAAAGAAGAGGAACGUCGUGAACAGAGUAAAGCAAAAGCCAGAAUUGCUGAAGAAGCUUAUUCCUUGUGGAUGAAUAUGAAGGAGGAAGAACGCAAAUAUAGACGAAGCCUCGCUUUUAGAAUUCUCGACUUUGAACGACGUGCCAACAGUGAAAGGUCUAUAACUCCAUGGAUUCCCACAAGCCCAACAGUCAUUCACAGUACACACUCACGUUCUACUUUGCUCACUCCUCCCUUAAAUUCUGCAAAAGGUAGAAGACGAACUUUAGAGAAGAAAUUGGUUUUGCCCGAUUGGAGGAAACAUCAAAAAAAUAAAAAUAAUUUGGAAACAAAAUCUGCAAUAAAUUCUAGCUCUAAUAGACGGCCUUGGCGUUAA